AUGUACAGACUCGGUGUGCUGAAUGACUUCGCUAUCCGCUCAUCACUUCAGGUGAAUCACUGUGCCUUCUCUCAGGAUGGCAACCUCCUAAUAACAGGUUCUGACGAUGGUAAAAUUUGUGUCUGGGAUAUUGGAAGUGGAAAACGUCGAGUUAAAGCUAAAGGCCACAAAGCGUACGGCUACAGAGUAUGCACCACAACCGACGUUCUGGGUGUUAUUUCUACUCCCACAGGCCCAGUGAAGGCUUGUGCAUUCUCUGCUGACUCCACUCUCUUCGCCAGUGGGUCCACCGAUUGCACUGUCAGGGUGUGGAACACGGCAAAAGCCCACUGUCUGCAUGUUCUAGAAGGACACACUAAGACCGUGGAGACUGUCUGCUUCAGCAAGGAUUCGAAGCUGCUCGCCUCUGGAAGCUAUGACAAUAAAGCUGUUCUGUGGGAUCCACAGGCUACCGGAUCCUGGGAUCAUACAGUCGUCGUGUGGAACGUACGAAGUCUGAAACGCAAGAUGUCUUUGCAAGGUCACACGAGCAACGUGAGCUGUGUUGCGUUUUCUGGCGUUGGAAUGCUGGCUUCUGGCUCCUGGGAUAAGACUGUCCGUGUGUGGGAUCCAAAGAAAGGGAUCCUGAUCUUUGUCCUGGAGGAGCACGCUGGGCCAGUGGUGACCCUCUCAUUCUCCCCGGAUGCAAUUCUCCUGGUGACGGCAGCCCAGGAUGGAAAGGGGAUGUUGGAUGUUGUCACCAGUUGCCAGUUUUCUCCUUUCGAGACGCUUCUGAUCGCAGGGACUUCUGACCAUGACCUGCCAGCUGCCAAAUCCACCAUCAGUGUAAAUAGAUCAAAGCCCACCCAGCAGUCAAACUGA